UAUGCUUGUCUAACAGCAAUAAAGAUAGAUGCCUGCUACACCUAUUCCAGGCAAUGCACGCAAAGUUAUAGAGAAUUUCAGUUAUGCCUUAUCAGAUGCUAUCGGAAAAGGCUUUAGUUCCAUUGUAUACAAAGGAAGAAAUGAUGAAACCCACGAGGUCGUUGCCAUAAAGGUUAUAGAUAAAAAAGGACUCAAAACUCCUUUACAUUAUCAACUCCUGAGAUCAGAAGUUGAAGCUUUAUCUCAACUCAAUUCCCAAAAUAUUAUGAGAUUAUAUAAGGUUUACUACACCGAAAAUAAUACAUAUCUUAUCACUGAAUUUUGUGACUCAGGUGACUUAGGAUAAUUGGUAACUAAAACAGGAGUUUAAAAAGAAUAGAACAUGCAAAAAGUAUUCUAUGGUAUCAUCCAAGGUUACAAGUAGAUGAAACAAAGGGGUAUCUGAAUUAAUCUAUUUAAUUAGGUAUUGUACAUAGAGAUCUCAAACCAGCCAAUAUCCUACUUAAAGGAUCAAUUCCAAAAAUAGCAGACUUUGGAUUUGCUACUACUCCUCAGACAGCAGCUACAAUGCCAAAUGUCAAUGUUGGAUCACCUUUAUAUAUGAGUCCCUAAGCAUUCAAAAAUAGAUACUCUGAGAAAUCAGACAUUUGGGCUUUGGGUGUAAGUCUCUAUGAAUUAUUAUUUGGGUAAGUCCCAUGGUAAGCAGGAAGUGAAAGAGAAUUAGCUUAAAGAAUGGCCACUGUGCCAGUACAAUUUCCAGGUCACAUAUCAGAUGAAUGCAAAGAUUUUAUUUACAGAUGUUUGAUAGUAGAUGAAAGUAGAAGAGCUACAGUUGAGGAAUUGGAAAGCCAUGCAUGGUUGUCAAAAUAAGAACUCUAACCAAUUAAAGGAAAUGGAUUCUCUAGUAUGUUUAGGAGUAAUCAAUAACAACAUAAUCCUCAUCUUUAAUAGAAUAAUAAUGCUGCCACACCUUUAGGAGAUACUCAAAAUAAAUAAUCUAUAUCACUUUAACCUAGAGAAUCUAAUUAUGGAAAGGAGAAUGCUGUCAUUAUUAAAUAAUCAUAAUAAUCAAUAAUGUAAUAACCAUUGAAAUCAAUCAAAAGAGUCUAGGAAUCAAGAAAGGAAUCUUAAAUCAGUUAAUAGAUGCAAUAAGAAUAUUCAAGUCAGAGAGAGGAGGAUUGUUGGAAUGAAUCUAAGAAGAAUGAUUACAUUAUUUUGGCUUAGCUAAAUUUCUGUAGGUAUUUAUAUAGGGUUUCUGCUUUGAUGGAUAAACAUCGUUUUGUUCAAACUCCUUAUUUGAGAGAAAAGCUUUUGUUUUUAGUGAACAAAAAUAUAAUGAUAAAGAUGAAUUGUUUAAAUGAAUUAAUGGGAGGACAAAAUACAUUAGGAUUAGAAAAGUUUUCAUAGUAUAUACAGAAUCCUUAAUAUUCAAAAUUAUGUGCAGCUAUCCAUUAAUAUAAUCAAAAAUAUACUCUUUAAUUUAAUACUGUUUGGUUAUCACUUUAAAAUCCAGAUCAAAAAUAAUUAUUAGUUGUUGAUAAAAAAUUUGAUGCUGUUUUUGAUGAUAAUCUUACUGAAUAUGAAUCAUUCUAUAUUAUUUUAAAUUCUAUUUUAAGAUGUGCAAUAAAAGAAAUUGAAUAUUCAAUAGAAUAAAAAAUAGUGAUUUAAGAUACUUAAUAAUUAUUGCCUAUUGAUAUAGAAGGUGGUGUAAUUUUACUUGAUUAUUUAAUAACUUACUUUUAGUUGGCUUCUCUUAUUCAAGAAUGUUUUGAGGAUCCUUAUGAAUUUGCUAUUGAUUCUAAAAUUGAAUAGAUAGCUGAUGGUAAACCAGUCCGAUUAACUUAUGGUCAUUAUAUCGAAAUAAGAAAUAAAAUAAAAUAACUUGAUAUUUGA